AUGGAGUGCGGGCAAUGCGGCGCGCGCUUCGCCGUUCCACGGGGCGUUAGCACCGUCCAGUGCGCGCACUGCCGCGGGGUGACGCGCAUCGAACGGCACGGCGCUGUCGGCUUUGUCAGGGACGUCGUCACCAACAUAGCCGGCGGCCGCCGCACCAGGCCGCAGCCACCGCCAGGACCGCGGAGGUUCUCAGAGGCGGGAUACCCGAUAGUCCACGGCCACAAGCGCGCCCUCCUUGUUGGCAUCAACUACACCGGAACGGAGGACGAGCUGCAAGGCCCCAUCAACGACGUCAACUGCAUGAAAUUCCUGCUCACCCUCAAGUACGGCUUCCCAAGCGACUGCAUCCUCGUCCUUACCGAUGAAGAGCGCAACCCCAACAGGAGGCCAACAAAGUCCAAUAUCCUACUGGCGAUGCGGUGGCUGGUGUACGGUUGCAGCUCCGGAGACUCCCUUGUGUUCCACUUCUCCGGCCACGGCACGCAGGUGGACGACCAAGACGGCGACGAGCUGGACGGCAAAGACGAGGCCAUAUGCCCGCUCGAUGGCGACCUCAAUGGCUACAUCAGGGACGACGAGAUCAACGAGGCCAUCGUCCGCCCGCUCGUUCACGGCGUCACGCUCCACGCCGUCAUCGACGCCUGCCGCAGCGGCACCGUACUUGAUCUCUCCAACCUAUGGCACAAAAACAAGUACGGGAAGCUCCAGUGGAUUGAUCAAAACGCUAGAACAGGUGCCUGGAAGAACACCAGCGGCGGACACGCGAUCCUGAUUAGCGGCUGCGCCGAGGACGAUGACUCACAGGAUGGUGUUGGCGACGACACCAUGGUCAUGGGAGCCCUGACCUACAGCUUCUUCGCGGCGGCGUGGUCCGCGCAUCGGCCCCUCACCUAUGGUCAGCUGCUUUCCAAGACAAGGGCAAUCAUCGCUGACUGCAACAGCGACAGCCAGAGCCACUGCAACCUCCCCGCGGCGAUUGCCCCACUUGUCCGAAACGUGGUCAACUUCAGUGGCGUGCAGGAGCCUCAGCUGUCUUCCUCUGACAAGUUCGACAUCAACCGGAGGACAUUUAUGCUAUGAAUUAACCUGCUAGCCACUGCAGCACACUAUCAGCUAAAUGUUAUACUCCCCCCACACAAAAAGCAUGCUCCUUGCUUGAAUAAUUCCAUCUUAUAUAGCCUUUUCAGCCAUGUGAUGGACAUCAGUCAUCAAAGCAUAUUUCCC